GCGAAAAAUAUGAAUGGGAUGAUUGUAAGAACGCGCGAGCUGAGAUUGUGUUCAUAAUUGAUGGCUCUCGCAGUAUUCACCCGACUGCUUUCAAAGAACAGAUAACAUUUCUGAAAAGUUUUGUAGAUCAUUUUGAAAUCGGAAAGAAUGGUAUGCGAUUUGGUGCUGUAACGUUUGGUGAUAAGAUUAUUAAGGAUAACACUUUCGGUCUGACCCAGUACGCCAGUAAAGAUCAACUGAAAAAUGGCAUAUCCAAUAUUGAUUUCAAACCUGAUGACGGUGACAGCACAGAAACAUAUUUAGCCAUCAAAUAUGCUCAUGGAAUAAUAUUCAAAGAUGCCCGACCUGAUAUUAAGAAAAUAGCUAUUGUGAUCACAGAUGGACAAUCGACGGCGCCGAAUAAGACAGCAGAACAAGCGAUGAAGAUGAGGAAGGAAGGAAUACUGAUAUUCGCCAUUGGUGUGGGAAAAGAUGCUUCAAAGAAAGAAUUGCUUACAAUCACUGGUAGAAACGAUUAUGUUUUCAUGGUAGAUAAAUACUCCCUGUUGAAAACCGUUAGAACGGAACUGAGAAAGUUAACCUGUAAUUCAGAUAAAGGUUGUAGGGGAAUGGUUGACAUAAACUUCGUGUUUGAUUCCUCUGUAUGGGUUACGAAGAUACACACAAUAUUACUACCUUCAUUAAGAAGUCAGUCACAGACGAGUAUCUUGAUAACAAAAAAGUCCUGUUUGGUAUGAUUACUGGAAAGUGCCAGGCGUUGAAAGAUUUCUACUUAAACACUUAUCAAACCAGAACUGAAAUAAUGAAACACCUCGACAUCUUCCACAAAACGAGCAUCGUAUCUCUUCUACAAAAAGUCAAAAAUGUAUCUACUAUGACUAAAUAUGGCGCCCGCAACAGAGCACGUAAAGUGGCAGUUAUUUUCUUAAAAGGAAAACUAAGCGAACCACAAGGAGUAAUUACAAAUGCGAAGGUUCUAAGUAAAAACGGUAUCGAAGUGUUUGUAAUUAAGAUGGAUGAUCUGAAUUCGGAGAAGACUUUGACAAGCAUUACCAGACAACGUAAUAUUCUGGACGCCACCGAGAUAAAAAGUAUGGUGCAACUGAGCAGCGAAUUCUUAAACCGACUUUGCAAGCG